AUGGAGGACGAUCGGAUUGUCGCUCUUAUGAAGUAUGUUCGUGGAGAGAUAAGCUUUUCUGAGUGGAUUGAAAGCGGUGCAGGAUCUGCUGAUGUGGAAGAUGAGAACGAGACCCAAGAUGGAAACGGAGAUGAUCAGGGAGAUGGGGAAGCUGGAGGGCUACAAACCACAGAGGUUAAUAUUCCCAGUGAAGAAAGAAGUGAACCCACAGGUGAGCAGAAAAUAUGCUUGUCCAGUUCAAGAUUACUUAUAGACAUCAAGUUUCAUAUCAUCGACUUUUGAUUUCUGGUUGCCACUCAUGACACCUACCAAGUCUUCAUUUCUCUUGGAAGACUUGCAGUUUUGACAAAGAUCCCCCAGUCCCCUAGUGACUGGGAGACUGGGGAAUUUUCCUCUGAGUGAGCUGCAAAGCUUCCAGAGUGAGACAGCAUAAUCCACUUUUGAAUAGAAAACUAAAGAACUCUACCAUUUUCCCGAAAAAUUCAUUGCCAGUCUGAUUCUCUGUACACCAAACAGGUGAAUCAUCCUGAGUACCACUAUUUGACAUCUUCGCACUCUGCGCAGCUGUAAAAUUGAGCCACUCUAUGGGUACCUAUGGGCCUGUGAAGUCUACCAUUUCCUCCUCCCCCCCCCCAAAAAAAAAAAAAAUCAUUUCCAAUCUUACUCUCUCUAUAUGUAACACGUGAAUCAUCUAGUACAAUAGCCUGAGCCUGCAAGCAAGCUCUCUGGGGUGCUCUGGAAGCAGGGCAGCAAAAGGAAGGACAGCUUACAACUACGUCUCUGGAAUGUGUAUAUUUGCAUUGAAAAAGUGGAUGUGAAAUGCUAAUUGGCAUAGAUGACAUUAGCAAUGACAUCAUUACCAUUGGCAUGUGUUUUUCAAUGUUUGUUUACAUUCAUGUUCAUUUCCGCUUUGCACUGAAUUGUGGAAAUCUGACUGCUCAGUGGACGGGGAGCAAGGGGGGAAUUGGAGGUGGAAUUCAAAUUCCAGAGACAUAGUUGCAAGCUCCCCUUCCUUUUCCCACCCCGCUGCCAGAGUGCCCUGGAGACCUUGCUUGCAGGCUACUAGUACAACUAUUUGACAUCUUCGCACUCUGUACAGACCUAAAAUGGAGCCCCUCAAUGGGUAUGUGGAGACAUCAUUUGCCAUCAAAUCCCUGGUUUUUCAUUGAAAUUUUUGUGUAUCAUGAAAAUGGGGAAUUAAAAAUGUAGCAGCAACGGAUUUAUUAAGCUAAAUACAAAGUGUCAAUGUGCAGUACACUUUUUGGCGGAUUUCUUUACCAUCAUUGCAUGACUAAGGUAGUCUAACUUGUUCAGAAUGGCAGUGCUAUAAUUUGUUACCCUAAUCUCUAAGAUUGUCGUUGCAUUAAGAGUGAUGUUCAUCAGGAGAAUUCCACCAAUAAUCAUGACUAUCCAACCAGAUCAGUUUAUUCCAAAAUGGUAUGCUUGACAGAGAUGGGUUUUAGCAAAAAUUUUGAGAAAAGACUAAUAUUUCAUUUUCAAAAUGACCGCUCUGGCUAGGAAUGUACCCUUAGAAAAACUCAAAAGGUAAGAUACUGCUUUUUAAACAGGGUUUAAUGCAUUUUUUAUCCUGUUCUCCAGGUGUUGGCACGACCACUAGUAAUCAAGAAAUGGUGAUUCUUGUAUCAGAGCCAAUAUUCACUCAGCUGUCAGAAAUGGGUUCUCAGGCAUUAGCUGUAAGCUCUGCCACAGAGAGUCCAGUCCGGGACUCAGGCAAGCCAAACAACAUUUCAUCAUCUUUGCGACAAACAGCAACAGCCCAACCACCAAUUAGAAUGACAGAUCUCCUAUUACAAGGUUCUGCUGCAAAAAGUGCGCAAAAGCCUGGUGGAACUGGAGUGGAUGAGUUUAUGGAAGAAAUCAAACAGCUCAGGGCUCCACGGCGCAGGGCCGCACGGCGUAAACUUUGUGAGCUACCAGCUAAACACAAGCAUACAAUGGGCCAUGUUAAUAUGUUGUGGGCCAGAGGAGAGAUGGAAAAAGCCAAAGGAAUUUGUAUGGACUUGAUUCGACAAGGUUGGUCACAUCUUAUUUACUACAAUACAAUGUGAGAAUUGAUCACCUGUAAUACCACUGUGCAUUUCUACAUUUCUUUGUCAUUACAUUACUUAAAAUUUUCUGUGGCUAUUAUUCAGCCCAUUAUAUUAUACUAAUUGUUAUUUCCACUGCUUCCAGUCUCAUCUUAUAAGAUGUUUGUUUAGAGUUUGUAAAUACAAAAAUAUAAAAUAAAAUAAAACCUUGACAUUUAUUACUUUGUUUUUGGAUGAUGUUUUCUUUGUGCAGUUCCAAAGUGCUCGGAACCUUUCCAGACUUUAGGAAUGAUGUUUGAGGAGCAGGGAGAUAAAGAGAAGGCUCUUCAGGUAAAUUAUUUGUGCAUUUAAGACAGAAAGCAAAAUACAGUUAAAAAAAAAAAAGCAUGUAACUCUGACUGGUAAAAAAGGUUCUUGUAUUUUGGGGUCAUUAUUGGCAAUUUUCCCUAUAAGUAAGUUCUUUUUGGGUAAGGAUCAGAAAAAUACAUAAACUAGACUAGUGUUUGGUCCUUAAAAAGAAAAUUACCACUGAAUAUAUUGUAUUUCACAACUGUAAAUUCCAAACCUCCUUUAUGCAAAGUCCACGAAGGAAAUUAGUCUCCACUUUACAUGUGUAGAUAUAUAAAACUGUUUUUGUUGCAGGAAUUACAGUUUUUUACAAUUUCUGGUAUUAUAAAAUAAUUUUGCAAAUCUCAAAGUCAAUUUCCCGUGGUUAAAAUUCUUAUCAUAGUUUAACUGUUACCCAGUUUAUAUAGGAAGUUUGUGUGAUAUUGCUUGGCUAAACAGGUUAACUUAUAUUUUUGGGUACCGAAAUGGCAAAUUUCUGCCAGCAGGUUCUUAAACCACUAAGUUCUUACAUGCUGGGUCUUACUGUAACAGGAUUGCUGAUUUAGUAUCACAGGAGAAAAUUUUAUCCUUCUCAUAUGUUUUUUCUCCACCUGGCCCUUUCAUGAAUAAUGACCAUUUCUUUGAUAGUCAGAGGAGUAAUGCUGACAAGCCACACCCUUUUUCCUACAUUCUAGUUCUUUCUUAUUGCGGCAUAUCUCAGUAAAUCAGGAGACUCUGAAGAAUGGGCCAAGCUUGCAAUGAUGUCAAUUGAACAGAAUAACUUAAACCAAGCACUGACUUGUUAUAACCAAGGUGAGUUUUUUUAAGACCAAGGUGAAAAUUAACCACAACAUAUCCAUUUCUAAGUAUUACUAAACCCUUAGUUUGAUGACUCAUAUGGGAGAUGGGGGACAUUGCUGCCAUAUCCAGAAGACUCUUGGAUUGUCACAGAAUUGCUAGGUGAUACCUCAUCUUUUUUGGUCCUUGUGGGAAUUUCACAUUUCCAACUAUUUUAAUUUCUUUAUGCAGCUUUAAAGGUGGACCCAGGCAAUGCAAACAUCCUGUGGGAUCGUGCCGCUCUAUACUAUCAGAUGGACAAUACUAAGAAAAGCUUGGAAAGUUAUGAAAUGGCAUGCCAAGUAAGUACAUGUUUCCCCCUGAAAUUCAAGUUUAGGGUGGUCUUUACCUUACAAUGUAGCCUAGCUUACGCUAGAAUUGUAUACCAUGUUUUACAUGUAUACUUGAAAUUGCAUGGCUCCCAAAAGAGCAUUGCACCCAGCAGCAAAAUUAUUAACAGGCAUCACCUCAAUUAAGGGCCACGCCCUUUCAGGAACUUGUGGUACAUACAUUUAUUGAUUUGAUUGUUUUUUGAAAAUGUUUUUAUUAACAUGUUUUGGAUCUGGAAGGAGAAGAUUCCUUUACAUAAUAAUGUGUACAACAAAGAAAUAGAAAGAAAGAUUUCUUAGUAAGCUCUUACCUAAAUAAGUGCUGCCCUUAAAUAAGCAGCGCACCAUCAAGAUGAAAACUUAGAUAUAGGCAAUAGUGCUUCUUUGAGUAAACACACUAAUCUGUUAGCCAUUAAACUUACUGUUCUGUACUGUGUCGCGUGACAUAAUUUUUGUUGAUUAAAGUAAGUAAUCGUUGAUCAUUUUCUUUGUCUUGUAGGCUAUGGCAUUAAAUUUUGAUGACGGGGCAAAGUAUAUGGACCUUGUGUGUGAAAUGGCAAAGGUAGGACAAAGUCGGAUCAUUCAUUUUGAGAUUCUGGGAAAUUUGUAUCUUUGUGAUGCGGCUUGAAGGGUUGUAAUAAUAAUAUUAAUAUUGAUAUUACUCAAUGAUAUUAAAAUAUUGUGUUUAAUUAAUUAUGACUCUUUCAUUUUAGCUACAUCAUGAAAACAAGAACUUGGAAGAAGCGAUUAAGGUUCUUCAAGCUGCAUUUUCACAAUAUCCAGAGCAUUUUAAUAAUCAAGGUGGGUACUUUCAAUUGCAAAUGAAACUAAUUAUAGCAAUUAUAAUUAAUAAUUAAUUAUUAAUUAAUACUAAUUAUAGCGUGUCAGAUAACGGGUAUAAUUAUCUUGAAUAAGGUCUUUUACCUCUGUUUUUUUUCGUCGUGCUUGGGCAACUUUGUACGUUUGAAACGGCCAUAGUAAGCAGCGUGGCGGCGUGGUUAGAGCGCUGGGCUUGCAGGCCGGAGGCCCCGAGUUCGUACGUCCCAAAACCUUGUCCAUCUUUUGGGAAAUCCGCAGUUUCGUGGCAAACAUCUUUUGAUGAUAUAUUAACACGUUGUUUCUUUUACAGCCACUAACAUGCUUGCUGAUCUACUCAUGGCAUCGAAAGCGUACGAGGAGGCUUUACAGGUAAUUCUUCAUCGGACAAGAAAGUCUUUUAGUUUUGUCCCGGUCAAGCCUGAAUUUUUUCAAGUUCUUUUUCAACCGCUUAGGUCGUUUAUUUUACUGCGAAGAUCAUGUUCACUUUCAUAGGCUUUAUCCCCAGUUCAAAAUAUGAUUCAUUUCACAUAUUUCAAUUAAGUUCGUCAUGAUGACUGAUUUUAAAGGUGUUGAGUUGAAGUUGCUGUUACCACCAUUGACAAAUGAUGGUGGUAAUGAUGGUGGUAAUGAUGGUCACGGAAGAGCUAGCAGGAAACUUGGUUGGCUGUUUCAUAGAAGUCUGAAGGCAAGAUUAAGGAGAGAAGCUAAAAAAUACUUUGAGAGAUAAUAGGGCCAUUUAUACGAGGAAAAAUAAGACGCGUCUUACAUAAGACGCGUCUUAAAUAAGACGCGAACCUUCCGUAUAAACGGCACAUUUCGUCUAAAAUAAGACGCGGCUUAUUAGAUAAGACAAGCUCGUAUAAAUGAUACAGUUCGCGUCUUAUGUAAGACGCGUCUUAUUUUUCCUCGUAUAAAUGGCCCUAAUGGGUUAGAGCUUUGAGUAAUCGGGUGAAUGUGAUUAGCAGUCUAACUUCCACAGGCUGAUUUCAGGUUUUAAUACUAGAGGUUGAAAAUUUCUCGUUUCCAAGGAGCGUUUGUAUCGAAGACUUUCAAAUAUAAUGACGAUGAUGAUGAUGAUGAUGAUGAUGACAGGGACCUUAAGCAACGACGACGACGACGGCAGUGAAAAACUCACGAAAAAAAUGAAUUUGCGUCUUUUCAAACUUUAUCGCGUCCAUUUGGAACCGCUCAAUUCGUCAAAUGCAGGCGACUUUUCCUGGAGUUCAGUUCUUAAGGGCUUUAUCCAUGUUCAAAUAGAGAAGGGAAAAUUUGUCGUAGUAUGUCCACCUCCUGCAUAAAACCUCGCAUUGGGAGUUUUCACGUGGUAGUCGUGCAGUGGACGUUAAAGAAAUGUGCGAAAAAGCGUGAUGUACGUGCAGAGCAUUUGUUUUGCUCAUAGAACCGAUUGUUUUUUGACGUUGUUGUCAUUGUGGUCGCUUAAGGUUCUUAAUAGGGACUUUAAGAUCCAACGACGCGGACGACAAGAAGAACAUCGCUUAGAAAGUGAAUUUGUGUUCUUUGAGUCUUUAUAGCGAUUAUUCCUAACCACUUACUUUGUCAAUUGUAGGCGAACCCUCUUGAGUUGAAUUCCUAGGGACCAUAUCCAAGUUCAGAAAGAGAAAUAGCAUAAAUAAUUUCGUCGUUGCUUGUUUACGUAGUCCAUAAAACGCGAAAUUAGGUAUUUUUACGUCGUAGUCGUGCAAAAGCGGGUAAAGAAAUGUACAAAGGAGCGUGAUGCACGUGCAAAGUUGUUGUUUUGGUUGUAAAACCUAUUGUUUUUAUGACGUUUUCGUUGCCGUCCGCGUCGUUGGAUCUUAAAGUCCCUAAUGAUGAUGGCGACGACCACGACGACGACGAUGAUGAUGGUGAUGACGGUGAUAAAACAUUCAGUCUUCCAUUGCAGAUUAUUCUAAAACACUGUGGGGCCAGGAAAGAGACCAACACAGAACCUACGAAUGAGUCACCUCUGACAGCAUUCUCCCUACUCUUGAGUCCAACCCGGCAGUCAAACACAGCGAGAUCCCCACAGAGAGACAACAGCGAAGCUCCAGUCAACUUAGUUCUUCCUCAAGACUUGCCGAUUGAUCUACGUGUCAAGAUUGUUGUUUGUCUAAUUUAUCUACGGCAGCUCGAUCUUGUCAAGGUAAUGGUUGCUUGAUAGAGGCCUUUAGAUUCUGAAACUGGGACGACUGCGUAAACGAGAUUUGCUUAGUACUAAGUAGUGCGCGUGCGUGAGUCAGGGUCAUUUUGGCGGGAAAACGCGGUAGCCAUUGUCACUCUACUACGAGUUGUAGAAUGUCGAGAAUGUCGUAGUAGUGGAAAUAAGUACGAACGACAUUAGAAGUCGCUUGAAAUUUAAGCUACCAAUACCGGUCGUUUCGGUACAUUACAAUGACAAGUGCAGUUUAGUCGAUUUACUACAUGUACCGAUACGACAAUACGUACCUUUCACUAACCAAGUUUGAGUUCCUUACAGUAAGCUAGAGGCCACGUUUUUUCACGUUGAUUUAUGACGUGAGCCCGAAACUUGUUACUGAUAUUUUAUGUCGCUGGUAAAUCGAGCGUGCGAGGGCAAUAUUUUACCAAUUUGCAGAAGAUAACACAUUUAUGAUGUAUUGACUUUUUCACUUUUUUGCAGAAAAUUCUUCAUCCAUUAUUCUUUCAAUCUGUGGAGACUGUUGGUGACCUGUAUAUGGAUGUCGCUGAAGCUUGCGCGGAAAAUGGUACCAAAUUAUAUAAGAUGACAUCGUUAUGCUCAUGUAUUGUUUGUGUUACGAUAGGAGGCGUGUGUGGCCUGUCAACAGCUCGAUCUCCGGAUUUGGAGGUCUGGGGUUCAAGCCUCGCCCGUUCCGUUGUUUCCUUAUACAAGGAACUCUACUACACUUUGUCUUUCCUCACACUGGUGUAUAAAUGGGUACCGGGGACGUACUACUGGGGGGUACCCUGUGAUGGAUUAGCAUCCCGUCCAGGGUGGGGGGGAGUAGCAAUACUCCUAUGCAUGCUACCGGGAUAAUCACCUUCUGUUUGGGCCUUUGGUUCGUGUGCACCCGGCUUUACCUUGCCUUCACCUGCGAGAGUCCUGUAGGUAUUGAUCGCGACGCUUCGUCCUCGUACUGCUCGGGUCUUAAUGAGGCGAUGGUGUCGAUUUACUGAGCGGGAGUAUUAGUAUAACACCGUGGUACAGCUUAUGAUCGGCGCAUUACGAAACUCACUCGUAGUUGGUGGAUUUCGAUCUGAAGUAUUGUUGACAUUGCUGGAGUAAGAGUGUUCAUUUGCCCUUAGUUGUCCACUGUGGUUGUGUUAUAAGGUGAAUUUUUCAAUUCAGUGUGUAUUGUAAUAGUUAUCUUCGAGGUCGCUUCCCAAAAUAGUAGUUGGUAAUAGCUCUUCGGAAAUUCCCUGUCUAUCCGACUUCUUCUGCACCAUAAUCCUAAGUGACAGUUCUUGUGUUUCUUUGCAAAGAAAGAGUUGGGAUUUGAUUUUUUUCUAAACAAUUGUUUUUCAGGAGACUACGAGGAGGCUCUACCCAUUCUCGACAUACUCAUCCGAUCAAAGAAUUACAACAUGGUGGGUGUUUUUAAUUUUCAUUAUCAUUUUCGCGGCUGUUAAAUCAUCCUUUGUAUGUAUUACCGGGGCUUUUUCUACCGGCAUUUUCAUCUAAACAGGGGUACGAAGUUGCUUACUUGACAAAUGCAUCCUACUAUGAACUCAAGACAAGUCAAUGUUAUUUUUAAUGAUAAGACAAGAAAAGAAUUAGUCGAAAUAAAUCUCAAGAUUCGGUCCAACUUCAUCCCAGUUAUUAGUAGUGAUUUGAAACACUAAAACUACGUAAUUGUCAAUGACAGACGCACGCAGUUCAAUAAGCCAAUCAAAACUUGAAGCGAAUCACAUUUCGGACGUUCCUAGCGCGGGAAAGCUUGUGAGCAGGUAACCAAUUUUUUGUCUCUUCUGAUUGGUCGAGAAAAUGGCGCGAGAUUUGAUUUGUUUAUUUAUUAUUUAUUAUUUUAUUUAUUCCUCCAAUUCCUAGCGAGAUUUGAUCACCACGGUUUCUUUCUUUUCUUUUUAUUGGUCAAUAUAGGUGGUGAAAAAUUGUACAGCUAAUCAUAAAAACAAAGCUAAAGCGGAAUAAAGCUAUGGUUAUUUGUAAACCCUUUUAAAUGAGAGAACGCUAUCUUAACAAUCUGUUGAAUUAUCUCACGCAGGCAGGUGUGUGGUUAAAGAAGGGAGAAUGCCUACACUCUCUUGGAAGGCUAGACGAAGCUGCCUUUGCUUACGCGCAAGUUGUCAACUUAGCUCCAAACCACCUCGAUGCACGGCUGAUUCUUGCAUCUCUUCAUCAGCAGCUUGGCAGACCCAAUCAGGCGCUGGAUAUUUUAUCAGGUGAGAGGUCGAAUAUUUUUUACUAUGUCAGCGACAAAUGAAAUCAUCCUGAGAAGCGUGAUGUUUUCUUUUGGAAAGAAAUUGUCUCCUGGUUAGAGAUGUAAAAGUGAUGAUUAUAUCGUGUUAAAAAGAAACUGAAAAAUAGUAUAGGUCUGACAUGGAUUAGAAACCAGAUCUUUACAAUGACCGGACGCAACGCUGUAUCCAGAGGAACUUACAUGUAUCAAGCAACUCAAUUGUAAGUUUUCGUAAAUAUAACCUAUACUGGUAAGUGGCGACAUAUAUUUGAACUUAAGACCAAACAAAUGACAGUUACCAUAAAAGACCGACUUUCCCGUUUUGCAAAUAGUUUGCUACAACAUACGACACAAAAAACCGUCUGUUUGGUUUGGUGUGCUUGUCGUCUUGAGAUCAAGAGCGUUUUGUUUGGGACAAACGUCAGGGGUGUAAAUUUCUUAUAACGUUUGUACGUAUUGCAGACCCCAGAGGUAUAGAAAUCCCUCAGGAUGCUUCCGGUCGAGAGGUUUCCAUGGAUACCACUCACAGCCCUGCGUACACUGAAGAAUCUGAUUCAGAGCCUGCAGUACAGCCACAGGUUGGUCAGUUGCUAAGAUAUGGCUUUUGCUGCAGUCAUGUCUCUUUAACCCCAUUAUUAAAAAGAUAGACAAACAACUGUGGUAGCAACACAGCAUAGCUGUUUUAGUUCAAUUCUGUGCUGAAGUCAUUACUAAGUGCCGUUACUCAAUACACUAAAUGCUCCUUUAGAGUUGUGAAUGAGUUAUGGCUAUUUUUACAGGCAUAGCAUUCAAACUUGAAAAAGUUGGCCCAACUUUUUCAAGUUUUAAUCCAUGUCCAUCCUUGAUAUCCAUGGGAAUGACAGAAAAUAGUUUGAAUACCUACAUAAAGUCUUAAAUAACAAAGUUGGACUUUUGUUUCUGGAAUUCAAUUGAUGUGGAGAUAUGUUUUAGCUUUAUUAUAUAAAAAAUUUAGCAAGUAGCGCGACAUAGUCCCUUCAACCAGCAUGGCAGACCUCUUGAAGCGAAAGGAACAAAAAGACAACGCGGAAGCGCCCUUCCACUUCUAGCGCUAACGCCCUUUUCGUUUUUCUUUCAAGCGCCCACCACUUACUAAAUUUAAAACACUUCAAGAGUUCGAAGGAAAACCAGUUACGACUACUGGUUGUUGUUGUAAAAAAAGAUGCCAUAGUAAAAAUGUCUUUUUACGCGGUUUUCGCUUCUUUCUCAAAACAGGAUUUCAGGCUUCUUUACCACAAGUGUGCACUUCUGCAGUCGCAGGAUCGUGUCGACGAAUUUGUUGAAGCAGGAAUUGAACUGUUUAAGUUAUUUUUCAACGAUGUGUACCACAAUAAAGACCUGAUGGGUAGGCCGAGUCCUUUGUGAUGUAGUGUGUUGUUGUGCUUUUCUUUCUACUUUUCCUCCCUCCUUUCUCCCUCCUCCCCUCCCUCCCUCCCUUCUUCCUCCUCCUCCCUCUUUUCCUCCCUUCCCUCCUUCGUCCCCACCUCCCUGCCUCUCUUCCUUUUCUUUCUUCCUUCCUUCCUUCCUGCCUGCCUCCCUCCCUCCCUUCCUUCCUUCCUUGCUUCCUUCCUCUUAUCUUGAAAACUGCCUCAGAGAUGGCAAUUUUUUAAGUAUGGUGAGGAAAAAGAAGGCCGGCUACUUAGGCUAGAUUAGUGUCCAUUUCUUACGUGACAUAGUUUUUUUGUUGCUUGUUAGAUAUUGCCUUGAGAUCAGCAAAGUACAAAAGAGCAGAAGCGAAGAAAAAUGAACCAUUGGAUCAAGAGGGAACUAACUUGAAACCAUGUGAGAUAUUAAGUCUAUCAUAACCCAUGGGCCUUUGUCGAAUUGAGGAAGACUGUAAAAAGUAACAAAAGCAAAUAAUGGUCAUUAUAAAACCAUGAUUUUAUGAUUUUUGAUGAUUUUUCCCCCUUUGUUUGGUAGCUUCCCAUACCAGGAGCAAGGGCGAUACUGGAAUUAGAAAUGAGGAGUGGUGGGAGAUGUUAAAAAAGGUAAGUAACAUUGUUAAAAGCCAUUUUUUCCCCGCCCAAGGUUUUAGGUCAUUUUGACACCUUUGCACACAAGACUGGGUGGGUGUUGUUUGAAAUUGCAUUGGGCAACGGUUUUAUAGGAUGAAUUCUAUCCCUGCACAACCUCAAAUAGUCUAAAAUGUCAACCGUCUCCACCCACUAACCAAUGGGGGUGAGCUCCCAAUGAGUUAGAGGGUGGGGAAGGCUCACAUUUCAGACUAGCCGAUAACAGUGACUGUACAGAGGAUAUAAGGCGAGAGAGGGCUUUAUAAUUCUAAUGAUAACAAUAGUAAAAAUAUUGAUUAAAGUAAUAAUGAUGAUGAUGAUGAUGAUGAUGAUGAUGAUGAUGAUGUUGAUGAUGAUAACAAUAACAAACAGACAUUUUGUUUCAAUACUCGAACUCCUUUCAUUUUGUUCUUUUUUAUAGGUUGUAUCGGCCCUUAGUCAUUUAAAACGUCAUGCCGAUACUCAGCAUUUGCUGCUGUGUGCCUUGUCAUCUGACCGCUUCUCAAACUCAAACUUCCAAACAGGUCUUCUUUUCAUGAGCGUCGUGGCUCUUUACCUCAAUAGGGAAUACAAACUGGCGUUCGACACUGUGAAAAUACUCAUUGCCAGGGACAGGCACAAACCUUUAUACUGGAACUUGAUGGCCAGAAUCACUGCUAAGUCAGGCGAUACGAGGCACCAACGAUACAUUCUUCGACUCUUGAUAAAGCACCCAGAUGAGCUGCCACUCGUGUUGUACAGCGGUCAUAAUGCUGCUGUUAGUGCAAGUUAUAAAUUUGCAAUAGGUAGGUAGGGUGCCAUUGCCUGUCUAGCUCAUUUGGAUAAGUGGAGGUCUGCCGAGCGGGAGGCCGCUGGUUUAAACCCCAGCCGGACGAACACUCAGGGUCUUUUAUCAACUGAGGAGAAAGUGCUGCCUUUGUAAUAUCAUCUGCAAAUAGUUAGACUUUCUAGUCUUCUCGGAUGGACAAUAAACCGUAGGCCCCUCUCACAACCCUUGCACAUAUAAAUUCUGUGGGAAGAUAAAGAACCCACAUACUGUUCAUAAAGGGUAGGGGGCGUAGUCUCCGGUUUGGUGAUCUAUCUUUUAUGGAGGGUUGGGCGACUGUUACGGACUCACAGUAAUUGGCGCCAAGCGCUGUUGGGGUGACCCUGCCAAGAAUCGGCCACCCAAGUAAAAAGGUUUCUUUUUUGUAAAAGGAUCGAGAGGCAGACACAGACCAGUUUAUUUUUAUGUUGAUUUUCCCGCGAAUUUUGACUUAAGAAUAAGUCUUACAAAUCGGCCAUCAAAUCCGGAGACUAGAAUAAAGUAUUUCUGAUGUUUUGAUAGUAUUUACUUCUUCUUCUUGUAAUUAUCGUACUAUGGAUGCGUACGCAUAGGGAACGGUGCUUCCAUUUUCGCGGGAAAAAGUGCUCCAAAAAUGAUGCUAAAAGGCUAAGUAUGGCAGUUGCAACCUCCGGGUUAUAGGCUCUUGGUUUGGUCACUCUCUGAAUCGGUUCCCGGGUAUAUUACAGUACUUUCUUUGUUUUCCUUGACAAGAUUUUAUUUUACAAUGCAGGCGAAUACAUCAGAGCUUUUCGUCAAACGCCCCUUGACCCGCUAGUUUCUUUAUGUUUGGGCCUUCAGUACCUUCACUUGGCUUCUCAGCGGUUCCCAAGACAUAGACAUACUUGUGUUAUACAGGUAAAAAAAAUAAUGCUGAUGAUGGUGAUUACGAUUACGAUUACGACGACGACGACGAUGACGAUGACAAUGACGACGAGGACGAUGAUGAUGACAAUAGCGCUGAGACGACGAGUUGAUGAUGAUGAUGACGACGAUGUGUGAUGAUGAUGACGACGACGGUGACGAGGACGAUGACGACGAUGGUGACGAUAAACACGACGAUGUCGACAACGAUAACGAUGACCAUGAUAAUGAUGAUGAUGAUGACAAUGAUAACGCAAACAAUGAUGAUGAAUGAUUUUGAUGAUGAUGAUGAUGAUGAUAAUGAUGUUCUAAACCUCUUAUUUCACUGGUCCCCUUUAAUCUAACUUCCAAACAGGGCAUUGUUAAAUGAUGUUGUUUUGUUGAGCUAAUCAAAAACAAUCUUUCAAAUACGUGCGGGAUCGCUCCCUCUUUUACGCUCAUUCAACUCAAGAAGUACUGUUUUUUUUUCCUGGUGUUCCUCCUGUUGUUCACGCGGACGGAGAGAAUCACGAUAAAGCUAGCUAUUUUACAUGUUUAACUGUCUCUCGAGACUUUCUGUCUUUGGAAUUUUCUGGUCAUUCUCAACUUACUAGCCUCAGUAGCAGUAACUGGAUGUCCUUUCUUAUCCUCGGUGUAACCUCAGUCUACCAUUUACACUGAUUAUUUCUUCUUUCCAGAGCAUCGUAUUUAUGUUUCAAUACCUUGGUCUCCGUGGAGAGUGCCAGGAAGCAUUUUACAACUUAGGGCGAGCAUUCCAUCAGUUAGGUAAGUAACCCCCUUUAUCCACAGACUGAUCUCCAUACAUUUCCUUUAAGAAUUAGAUGAGACAAUUUGGUCAAAGAUCAAAGUAUUUUCCCUCGGCUAGGUGCGUCACAUGCUUAGGAACAAGUAGCUUAAACAUUCCGCUUGUCACGAAAUCAUUGUCCCGUCUGUGUAUAUGAAACUGCGCUUGUCGCGCGUGUAAACAUCGUUGUAAUUAUGCUUCAGGGGAGCAAAAGAUGGCCCAGGGGGGAGAGCGCUCGCCUCCCACCAAUGUGGCCCAGGUCAAAUCCCGGCAUCGACGCCAUACGUGGGUUGAGUUUGCUAUUAGUUCUCUUCUGUGAGAGGUUUUUCUCCGGGUACUCCGGUUUUCCCCUCUCGUCGAAACCAACACUUCCAAAUUCCAAAUCGACAAGGAAUCAGGUAGGCGAAGAACCACUUAGUAGAUGUGCUACCUCUAAAAUCGUUAUUUAUUUAUUUGUUUAUUUAUAUGUCAACGUCCAAAGUAGUACAGUCAAACUCCACCUUACGGACACCUCGUCAUUACAGACAGUUUACUCCCUGGGAAAAGAAUGCCCUCACAUUUUCUCUAAAUUCAACCCACUUAAUACGGACACCUCUUUAAUACGGAGACUCUCUAUGGCCCCCUUAGUGUCCGUAUUAAAGGGGUUUGACAGUAGUAGUUCGAAUUUCUAAAGUUGUCCGAAUUUCUUAAUUUUUAAAGUCGAUUCAAUCUUGAACGUCGUGCGUGUUUAAGGUGCGCACGCUUGCGAAUUUUCGUUGAAGGUUUGUAGCACAUUACAAAGCCCGAGUAUACGCUACAAUAGCGUCUUUUGUAUUUUUAUUUCAACGGCAGGACUUCUUCAGUUUGCUGUUCAUUACUACCAUAAGGCAUUAGAAUUUCCUUUACACGAAGCCUCACUUGGUGAUGGACAAACAGCUGCAAAGGUAAGAGUCCUGUGUCUUUAUCAGGUUCUAAGCUGUCUGCGUACGCGAGAAUUUUAAAUAGCAUGAGAAAACAGCCGACGUUUCGCGAGGCCACCACUGGUUUCUCCUCGAAAUGACGUUUGAGGAAGGGCGCAGCAAUUCCUUACUGAUGACGUGUCACUACCCAUUCCUGGAUAGUGCUUUUGAUUGGUCGUGCUGCAAGAGAAAUUUGCCUCAGCCAAUCAGAAGUACUUACUAGACAUGGGAAUUACAUGUCAUCAGUAUGGAAUUUCUGCGCUCAUUUUUCCUUUUGCGGGGAAACAUUAUUUUAACGUGUAGAUUUUUUUUUAGUUUUCAGGAAAACACGAUUUACACAGGGAGACAGCAUUCAAUUUGUCAUUAAUUUAUCGCUCAAGCGGAAACGAACUCAUAGCAAGAGAGCUGCUGAGGACACACUGCUGUAUUUAAAAAAAUUUAAAUUAUAGAAUUACAUAACAAAAGGCCAAUUUAUGUUGUACAUAUUGUAUAUUUUGCUGACGUU